AUGGUCCACCAAGGGAGGCGGCUACUGCGGGUGGAGAGCCAGGACCAGUCAGAUAAGGAUGCAGGAGUGCUCAUUUCAGAGCCUGAGGAGGAGCAGGCUCUGCCUCUAAUGGAGGAGGACUGCCGUUGCUCACAGCAGCCUUGGUUUGGUUGCGGCAUGUUUACUCUCCUGUCAUCUGUCACUGCUGCUGUCAGUGGCCUCCUGGUGGGUUAUGAACUUGGGCUCAUCUCUGGGGCCCUUCUUCAGAUAAGAACCUUAUUAGCCCUAACCUGCCGUGAGCAGGAAAUGGUUGUGAGCUCCCUCCUCAUUGGCGCCUUGCUGGCCUCCCUCACUGGAGGGGUCCUGAUUGACAGGUAUGGAAGAAGGGCUGCCAUGAUCUUGUCAUCCUGCCUCCUUGGACUCGGAAGCUUAGUCUUGAUACUCAGUUUAUCUUAUGCGGUUCUCAUAGUGGGCCGCAUUGCUAUAGGGGUUUCCAUUUCACUCUCUUCAAUUGCCACAUGUGUUUACAUCGCAGAGAUUGCUCCACAGCACAGAAGAGGUCUUCUUGUGUCCCUGAAUGAGCUAAUGAUUGUCAUCGGCAUACUUUUCGCCUACAUUUCAAAUUAUGCGUUUGCCAAUGUUUCCCAUGGCUGGAAAUAUAUGUUUGGCCUUGUUAUUCCCUUGGGAGUUUUGCAAGCAAUUGCAAUGUAUUUUCUUCCUCCAAGUCCCCGGUUUCUGGUGAUGAAAGGACACGAGGAAGCUGCUAGCAAGGUUCUCAGAAGGUUGAGAGCCAUCUCGGAUACAACGGAGGAACUCACUGGGAUAAAAUCUUCCCUGAAAGAUGAAUAUCAGUAUAGUUUUUGGGAUCUGUUUCGAUCAAAGGACAACAUGAGGACUCGGAUAAUGAUAGGCCUGACAUUGGUAUUUUUUGUGCAAGUCACCGGUCAGCCAAACAUAUUAUUCUAUGCAUCAACUGUUUUGAAGUCUGUUGGCUUCCAAAGCAAUGAGGCAGCUAGCCUCGCCUCCACGGGGGUUGGAGUUGUCAAGGUCAUCAGCACCAUCCCUGCCACUCUUCUUGUAGACCACAUUGGGAGCAAAACCUUCCUCUGUGUUGGCUCCUCUGUGAUGGCAGCUUCAUUGGUGACCAUGGGCAUCGUGAAUCUCAACAUCCCCAUGAACUUCACCAAUAUCUGCAGAAGCCAUAGCCCUAUCAACCAGUCGUUGGAUGAGUCUGUGUUUUAUGGGCCAGGAAACCUAUCAGCCAGUGAUGACACUCUUAGAGAGCUCUUUAAGGGGAUCACUACCCAUAGCAGAAACUCCCUAAUGCCCACAAAAAAUGAUGUGGAUAAGAGAGGGGUGACGACCUUACCAAAUGCUGGAAUGAGCCAAGCUGAAUACCAGAUAGUCACAGACCCUGCGGACGUCCCAGCUUUCUUGAAAUGGCUUUCCUUAGCCAGCUUGCUUGUUUAUGUUGCUGCUUUUUCAAUUGGUCUAGGACCAAAGAGAGACACAGUGGGGUCAGUCUCAUUCCUCAUCUUAAUGGCUAGCGUGGUGAUCAUCCCCAGAAUUGGACUUAGGAACUAUGUGAAAAACAACAUUUGUUUUAUGAGUCAUCAUCAAGAGGAAUUAGUGCCAAAACCGCUUCAAAAAAGAAAACCCCAAGAGCAGCUCUUGGAGUGUAAAAAGCUGUGUGGUAGGGGACAACCAAGGCAGCUUUCUCCAGAGACCUAAUGGCCUCAAACCUUAGAAAUGUUGAUAAAGUAGAAGAACAAUUCGAAGGGUGUCUUUGUACCAACACAUAUUGGCCACUCCCAUGUUUUCUCCUUAGUGUUGCUGAGCUAGUUUUAGAGACACCCUGAAAUUAUAAAGACCACCUUUAACCUCCACCUCUCGAAAGGUAAAUGAGGUACAAGAUCCCAUGAUCCCUUUCUUACUCUGCGUAGGAUACCAGGUGAAACACAUACUGGCUGGUUCAGUACUAUGCACUUUUUUCACAGAGCAACCUUUGAAAAACUAUGAACUAGCAAUGCGAUCAACUUUUGCCUUAAGGUAUGUAUGUACAGAGGCCGGUUGCAGCUUUAUGAUUCAGACACUGAAGUGGCCUGAACACGAGCUUAUGGUUUUUUGCCCACUACAACAGUACUUGCACUGGGCCUUCUGUAAAAAAGAACCAGGACACAACGUGGGUAAUUGCACCUCUGUUCUAGAUUAGGAGAGGAUCCUGGCUAGGAUUUCAGUGAUAAUUCCUAACUGUAGUUCAACAGGUACAAAGAUUAUGCAGCUGCUUUUAUGAAUUAUGAACUACAGUGCAAUGCCCUUUUAUGAAUUUUAUGUAUAAAAUAUUAAAAGAAACAAUUCUGCAAUAGGUUGAGAAAAGUAAACAUUUUCCCACCCAUUUAAAAAAAUACGACUAGAAAGGACAAUUUCAAAAUGCUGGGACCAUUUUUAUUUAGUAGUACCUGUUAGUAAAACCUUAGAAAAGGAGUCAGGCCAUUAGGUUAUUAAUCCAAAUCUCUAAUCAAUUAGGUGUGAGUUAUUAAGUCAAGCUUCUAAAACUCUCUCCUUGGAAGGCUUUCAUGAUGACUUAAUAGCGAUCCAUAGCUUCCUGCAAUUCUUUGCACUCCUCAGGACUGUCACUACCUCAGGUUAUGGCAUGGGAGCUAGCACUGACGCUGACUUUCAGAUGACUGCAGAUGUAGUGAGUGACAUUCAGGCAUCAGGACAACUCCCUCACCAUGUUCUUCUCUAGGAUGAAAUGGAGGUCACCAACUGUACCAGAAACUUGGGUUUUUCCCACACAACAAUGAAUUGCUCCCUUCUGUAUUUCUCCAGUUGAAUAUUAGGACUCGGUGAGGUAUUUUACCGAUUUGGAUAUGAUGACAGAAAAUCUGCAAUAAAGAAUCUCAAUCUACUUAAGUAGUGACCCAUUAAAUUACUAUUAUAAGCUAUGGGAGACACCACAAAAACUUAAAAGCAUGAACAACCUAACUUGAAAAAGAAUAAAACAUUACGAUUGGCCUAAAGAAAAGAGAACCCUAAGAGCCGAAACCCUCUGUUAUUUAGACUGGAAUUUUCCUAUUGGCCCCUAACAAACUGUCCCAGUUUGGUGUAAGGGUAUAUGAUCUAGGAAUUCCCCUGUAACAAAAUGGAAAGACUAUAAAUCUAUGUAAGUAAUAGUGAAACUGUAUUAGCAGAGACUCAGGAGAAUGGCUGAAAGUCCUGAUUCUGAAAUGUAUUACAUAAAGAUUGGCAGGGGAAAGUUACAAGGAAGGGAGACUUGAGAUCUUCUACCACAGCACAUUUCCUAGGCAAGUUAGAGCAUGUUUUUUGUUUUAUUUUGGAAGGAGAAGGAAAAGUGUGUUCUGUAGAGGAUCAGUUUAAGAAAUUUAUUAUGAAUCCUCAGUGGAAUUAUAUGUGGAGCUGAUUUUUAAAAAAUCAAGACAGGUAAUCAAUUCGAAUUUUUUUCUUUGUCAAGCAUCACAGAUUGUAGGAUAUUUAACAAAACUGUUACAUGUUUCCUUCAAAGUUCAAACACUGUAUAUCUACAUUAGCAAUUUCUUGUUUUAGCCAUUCAUCAUAAAUGGGUAGGAAAUUGUUCAUAAACUUAGGAGGUUUAUCACUAGUGAUUUCAACUUCAGUAUCUUAAACCCGCUUGUAUUUUUCUAUUAUCCUGAGUCUGUAACUAAAUAAUUCUGUCUUCAAACAAAUUUUUACCCAAUACACCCCUAACCAGAGCUUUUUGAUUUUCAAAAAUAAAAAAAGGGGGAAUACUUAUCAUUUGUAUGUAUAUAUUCACAGUUUUUAUUUAUAAAAAAAUUUACAGCACUUGUGAAGAGCCAGCAGAAGACAUCAGACACGCUCAUUCUUACCAGCUUCGUUAAGUUUAGUGGGUUAUCCAUGACACUUUGCCAGGUGACGCUCACACAGCAGCCCUGAAACCUGACCUGGUUAGAUUGUCUUUCUUCCUCUUUUCUGAGAAAGCAUUUUGAUGAGCUACUGAUCUACCUACUUUUCAAGUCACUUGAAUACUGAAAAUACAACAUCUGGAUCUGCACCUUGGCCAUAUAAUCAUGUUUUCCGCCUUUUCUGUAUUUCUUUUUUUUUUUUUUUGGUGAACAUUUACAAAACAGGUCACUUAUUACUGUUGAUUAAAGCUAAGUGGAAAAUCUCAAUUUUUAAAAAUAGUCUCCCAGAACCUGUGACUUCUUCACCGAAUUGUAUCCUCUAUAUUUUAUGAGGUUUACCCUAUACUGCUGGAUCUUAAAAUGAAGCAAAUAAACACAAUGUAUAAGAAAAAAAAAAAGAGAGAGAGAAUAAGAGAAGUCUGAAAAUAACAAUUAAGUCUUUCACAAGAAAGAAAAUAUAAAAGCCAGCCUUUGCCCCCCGAUUUAAGAAUGAGAGGCACAGUAGGGGAAGGCAUCGAGAGAAAAGAAGAUAAAAAUAAAUAUAAAAUAAUGUAUGUUGUUCAGUGCAGUAUGUAAGCUAGGUUUGGAAGACUUUAUAAUAUGAUCAGGAAAAUGAACUAGAACACGGAGGACAAGACAUUGCAAUUUUUCAUGAAACUUUCAAAACAUUUUGAAAAUUCAGGUUUUCGUGUUGGAAUAUUGUCUCUAUUAAGUUACUACUAAGAGGCUAAUUGGACUCGCCACUCAGCUUUAUUUCUAAGUGAAAUUACUGUUGGUUCUACUAAACUCCUAAUCCCAAGUGGUAGCACACAGGUGCAGCCCAAUCGUGUACUACCCCCAGGGCUCUUGGGCGAGCCGGAAGGGCCAAUGUUUCACAAAUGCGUGUUUAUUGUAACUUUAAGAGGAGCAAUCCCUAAUACUGAACAGUCACUCUUCAGCUCCAUUAAAUAAGACACAGCAAGGGGAAAGAUGUAUCUUGCAAAAUGGCUUUCAAGUUCAAGUUGAACUAUAUUAUAAUUAUACUGUGGCACAGAGGCAGCUUGUGGGCACUUCUUGUUAAAACAGCACAAUGUAUCAACUUCUGACAAGACUCCGAGUAUAGCCUUCAGCAGCGACCUAAGAUUACUACUCUCCUACAACUAGAGGGGAGUCUUACCAGAGUAACAAAAGCACAUGAGGUACAACCCAUCACAGCUUCUUUCUCAUACCCAUCUUGUAGGUGAGAGGUUUCGCUUUUUAAAACUACACUUUCGUAACUUGGAAAAGAUAUUUAACAUUUUCUAUCAUAUUAAAUUAGCAACAUAAAACAUUAUGCUUAAUCUAUAAAGUUCUACUCCGGUUCGCUCCCUAGAGUUUAUAUACAUACUUUUACUUCUAAUCUGCAAGAAAAAAUUCCUAUUUGAUAUUUGGUAACAGAGCAGUAAAAGAUACUAUACACAUGUGGCAUAUAUAUAUUUACAAAAUACACUUCAAAAAGAAGCCAACACACUUUAGCAAAAGUCUAAGCUUGCAUAGAUUAAAAAGAAAAAAGAAUUAUGAAUACAAUUUUUGUUAAAAUAGAAAAUGGGGAAUAAAAGUUACAGAAUGGAUAUGAAGAGAGAUCUUUUCCAAACUUUUAUUUGUGCACAUUCAAUUGAAAAAGAUAACUUUUACAGGUUCUUUGGUGCCCAUAUUCAGCAUACAAAAAUGUAAAAGACUAUUCACAAAUAAAACACAUUAGCUCAAACUGGGAAGAAAUAAUGACAAUAACGAAACAAUUUAAGGUAGUGCACACUGUGACAGCUCUGCUUACGGGGACAUGAGAAUUACUGCGAAAAUAAAUAGAAUGUCCUUUUGUAAAAGCAGCAAUGUCAUGUCUUGUAAACUUCCUUUUUAUAUUACAGCAAGGUUUGAAAUAAAAUCCAAAGGGCCUGGAGCUUACACUGUAUCCGUGAAUGAAUAAAAGAGUCUAUUUCCUCAA